UUUCAUGUGGUCCUUUGAGAAGAUCCACCGAAGCAUCGCGCACAUCUUCCAGGGGGAGCUGGUGGCCAGCUUCGACGAGGAAUUCCGGAUUUUGUUUGCACAGUCUGAACCACUCGUUCCUCCAGCCAAUGUCCUGGCGAAGGCAGAGAACACCUUUGCCAUGACUCCCUUCGGCAAUAACUUGCCUUUCUUUCCGAAAAAAGCUCCCCUGAUGUUCCAGAGGGAUGAGAAUCUUUUUCCCUCCUUUAUGGACCGGGUCGAUCCAGACCGGUACUUCCUGUCCAACUUCAGGCGCGACGACAUGCUGCGCCACACUGUUGAGGGGUCGGCCAUGCGCAUGUACAAGAAGGUGGAACUGGAGAACACGCAGCUGGAUCCCGUCCGGGGUUUCCUUCGUUCCAAGCAGUUGGAGCUGGAUGCUUUCAAGAGACACAGCUUUGCAGAGGGAACAUUGGAAAAUUUUGCCUCUUCUAAACAGUACGCCAGGCAGAUGUUCAUGAACAAUAUGGACGAGUUUAAGAUCCAGUCGAGCCAUUUUCAGAAGGAUCAGUUCUACCAGUACCAGUUUGAACACCCCCACCUUUCCGGCAGACCUCAGGGGCUCUUUGAGAGGAUCCGCGGGGGUCGGCCAGGAUUCAAUGAACUGGAAGACUAUGGAGAGGGACCCAGAUAUCCUGAGCUUGAAUCCAGUUUUCCGCAGGAGGGUUUCCCCUUAAGGCUGGAUUACGUACCUUCCAACUCCUCCAGGGAAGUGAGACACGGCUCUGACCAGCUGAACCCUGCGGGCAACGGCCCCAUGGGGAUGAUGCUAAGGCGGCAGAAUAUGGGGCAGAAGUUUAUUUGCCAGACUUCUCCCACCCAGAAACAAAGCCUGGACCAACGCCUGUUCUUACAGGACAAAGAUGAGGACCAAGAUGACGACAAGAACACACAGGAAAACCGAACAGGUUUGCGGAACUGGAGGAUUUCUUCCUACCUCAGUGCAUACCAGUCCGAACCAGAGGAAGGUCUUCCAAUGCCUAUGGAAUCAGAGGCAUAUAACGAUGUUCUUGGUGACACCCUCCCGAAGCACCCCACUGACCUCGUCCCAGCAUUCAAAUCCCCUGUGUCUUUUCAUAGCAAGUCCCUGGGAAUGGAAAGUGCCAAAGAAUUUGCAGAUCCUGACAGAGUCGGUGAGGAAAUGCCCUUGAUGAAACAGGACGCCUUCAGGACCCGAAUAAACCCUUUGAUCCAGAGGAGCUCAAGACUCAGGUCCUCGCUGAUUUUCAGUGCUGCCAAGUUAGACCAGCCCAGCACCACAAUGGAAAAGGUUCAGAUGCUCCAAAAAGAACAAACGUCCAGUGAGCUGACAAAGGACAACGAAACUAUAAAGACAGCCACCUCAUCCAAAGUGGCCGAACUUCUGGAGAAGUACAAGGCUGUGGGCAAAGACACAGAGCGCACCACAGUCCACACCAAGGCCGUGGCCAGUUAUCUACAGGAAGAAUCACAGAACACAGAGAAGAAGUGCACCAAAUCCGUGCAAUACAAGAUCCUGGAGAGUAGGGUCCUGGAAUCCAAAGACUCCUGCAGUACUUACAAAAUGCAUGGAGAGGCUGACAGACCAUUUGGAAUGGCCUCUCCAAGCCCUCAGCUCAUUGACACGUUGAGUAAAGACCCACUAGGACAUAUCAGCACUAAGCUGGACAAGUUAUCAUCCCGGUUUUACCCCAUAGAGAGUAAACCGGCUCUUCCAGAGAAGGAGAGUCUCAUAUUUGUAGGAGACACUCAGAAACUAAGAGUAGUAUUCAAAGAAGACACUCAGAAAUUGGUCAGCACAGAACUGAAGAAGCCACAGAUUAGGACAAGUGCCACGUCAGGUCUUGACAACUUGUCUAGAAGUCAGGGGUCUGACAGCUCUCUCAGCAGAUCCGAGGAAGACUGCUCCAAACCAGAGCAAAACCCAAUGGAGUUUUUAAGAAAAGGCUCACUACGGCUGAAGCAGCUCUUGAACCCCAAAGGUGACAAGAAACUGGAGGAGGAACCCGGUUCUGAGAGUGGAAAACCCGACAAGCAGGCUGUGGUGUUCAAACAGCCUUCCACAGGGGACUGUCAGGAGAUGAUGGAAGAGGAGAAAGCCCAUAAAUUUGCAAGCCCGCUUCCUCCCAGAAGCAGCCAGCCAACCCAGGGGAGAUUCCCGUCCACCACAGCCAACAUCCUGUACAGCAGCAACCUCCGCGACGACACCAAGGUGAUUCUGGAACAAAUCUCUGCCAACAGCCAGAAGAACAGAGCCGAGCUGGCCAAGCAGCUGCCCUCCACUAGCAACCCCGACCUUUCCAAGGCAACCACAAGCUUGGAGAGGAAAGGCGAGAAGGAGAAAAGCUGCAACAUCCACAGGUCCGAGAGUUUUGGGAGCCAGAAACGAAAUCUCCAGCGGCAGCCAUCCGAGGACAGAGACACCCUCCUGAAGAAAAUGGAGAACAUGCGGAAGGAGAAGCGAGUCUACAGCAGGUUUGAGGUCUUCUGCAAAAAGGACGAACAUACAGGUCAGAGUGAAGAGGAAUACGACACAGAUGCCAAGGACAAGAAGAUGGGAAAAUUCAUGCCCAAAAUCCUGGGGACCUUCAAGACCAAAAAAUGA